CAUCUUCGAAUUGAAGGAUCAUUUCACUCUUCCAAAAAUGCCUACACAUGAGCCUACAGCUUCUAUCCAGGAUCAUGAUGGUGAGAUGAGCGCUUGGAGUAUGACCAUGCAGCACGGCUCUAUACAGCGUUGGACCCUCCGGCAACCCGAGCAUGAUUUUCAGAGAUAUUCGGAAGAUAUGCUGGUCUUUCCUACGUAUUCAGAGAAUGGCGGUACACAGAGACGGGUAUGGGGUUCGUCAGGCGCGACCACUUUUACAACACCACCAAUGCCAGACGACGACCCAGACUCGGCGCACAUCGAGAUCCCAGGUGUCGACCUCUGCGAGCGCUGCGAAGAGAUCGAGAUCGAGAAUCUCUUUGGAAUUAGGAACGGCCAGAAACAUCAACUGGGCUGGGCAACGAACAUUCUAGCCUGCAAAUGCUGUGCGUUGUGUCGGCUUCUCUCUGCAGCAGUCCGCUUAGAGAAUGGGUCGGAUCUGGUUUGCCCUGCUAAUGUGGGGACAUGCUUUGUCAUUCUGACAAGUGUGCCAACAACUCUGCCUUUGGGCCAGGGGCCUGCACGGCACUAUCACCUUUUGGCCCUGUUUGUAGACGCAUUGACUGCUGCAGUGGUCGCGAAGUGCAGAUUGCGACUACUCGGCGAUGACGCUCCAAGAAUUUCGAAAACACCCGUCUUUACUGGUCGACUCAUCGAUCGCCAGGUUACAAACAUGGAUUUAGCAUGCAGAUGGUUGUCAACAUGCGAUAAGAGCCACGGCUGUUACAAAAAUGAGUCAGGUAGCAAUGAUCUGCAAUUGUUGGUCGUCGAUGUCAACAGACACUGUUUGGUAGAGCUACCACUACAUUCGAGGUACGUAGCACUCAGCUAUGUGUGGCCUACUUUCGAUCCCAAUACCCUCCAGCUCAAGAAAGACAACCUCCAGGAACUCAGAACACCAGGGUCUAUUCAAGAGUUAUUAUCGAAGCUGCCGAGAGUUAUUCGUGAUGCUUGCCAGGUUGUUUCGAUGCUCAAAGAAACCUUCAUUUGGAUUGACGCGCUGUGUAUCGUUCAGGAUGAUCCAGUGUUGAAACAAAAGCUCAUAAAACAAAUGGACAAGGUAUACGGACAAGCUUACGUAACACUGGUAGCAGCCACAGCUGUAGAUAGGAGCGAGGACUAUGCCAUCCCUGGUAUUGGCACUGCCAGAUUGCAUCAGCAGUUCGUGGGAGAGAUUGAGGGCAUACGCCUUGUAUCAGCUCUACCCGACUACAAUACUUCUCUCGCACGCUGUCAUUGGUCGUCCAGAGGAUGGACGUUUCAAGAAGGAGCAUUAUCACCACGCUGUCUGAUCUUAACAGACCAUCAGAUGUACUUCAGAUGCACGCAAGACGCACGUUGUGAGGACGUCAUAGCUGAAGGAGAGACUGAAAACCUCAUAGCCCAUCCAGCCAGACCGAAAUUCCGUGAGGGAAGGAUUGACUACCUCCUUGACUCUGGCUUCCAUCGAGAUAAGCAAAGUCAAGGCUGGUUUCAAGAGUAUGCCAGGCUAGUACGUGACUUUACGAAGCGCACACUGAGUUUCGAGAGCGAUAUCUUGAAUGCAUUCACAGGCAUCAUGAAUCAUCUGUCACCCCACAUCGAAGGAACAGGGUUCUUCUGUGGGCAUCCGUUCGCCAAAUUCGUGGAAUCACUCCUCUGGUAUUCAACCGGUGCAGCUCAACGCCGGGUGCUAAGUGACUUUGAAGCACAAAGCUUUCAAGAAGCUAUCGGGAUAGAGGAGGGGAAAGCAGUUGAAAUUCGCAAGGAGUCUGAACGAUAUCGACCAGGCCACCGAUACUACCCAUCCUGGUCCUGGGCGGGAUGGGUUGGAAGCGUAGAUUUCGAGGCUAACAGAUUCGCUGCUUCGUACAACGCUGAUUCAUAUCGGCCAGUUAUCCAAUGGUACAGAUGGUCAAACACCGGCCUGGUACCAAUGCUCGAUCUUGGGGACAAUUACCCAGGUCCAGCAGCAGAUACGGACAUGACUGCUAAUUCAUCUCUGCUCCGAGAAUUCGCUAUCACUCACACCAGGCUGAUUGAGAAGUAUCCGUAUUGCAUUAUGGCAUGGUGCUCACACAUUCAAAUGAAAUUUAAGCUGCCUGAAGACCAUCUUUGCGACUGGGUGAUGGAUGUCGGUCAGUCAUUACCGUGUCUCGUCAUUCAGGAUGCCCUCGGACAUCCUUGUGGUUUCAUGCCAUCCGUGGACCGAGACUGGAUUAAGAAGUAUAAAGAGGCAGGUGGAGGUGGCUGCGAGCUAAUACUGCUGGCGCUCACAGCGAAAUCUUUAACUGUUGAGCUUCGCCAGGCAGCUCGAUUCAUACAUACUAGAUACAGCGGUGAGGAGGGAUACCUGCCUGUUUUUCUUUACGUUAUGUUGGUGGAGUACAACGAGGAGGGAGCUGCCGAGCGACGCGGCGUGGGCCUGGUACACAGGGACGCUGUAGAUGCGCAAGCUGAUUCGGACUUGAAACGCAAGAUGAUUGCUCUUCUAUAGAGGUGAUAUGACUG